GACAAGCUGAGCAGCAGCCUGGGUUUCUCUUCUUCUCCUGCAUCUGACAGCAGCACAUAUCUUUGCACCCUUGAAGGAGAGCAACAGAAGUGACCUGGAUACAGAGGCUCUAGGACACUGUGGGGCAGAAAACAGAGCCUCAGGCCAGAGCUGCAACUCUUCUCCCAUCCUGUGCACAGGAACACUGGCCCUCUGCAUCUGACCCUGAUUCUUCUAGCUUGGCAAGUUGCUAUGGCCAGACCACAAAUGAUGGCUCCCAUUUGUCUGGUGGAGAACCACAAGGACCAGCUGUCUGUGAACCAAACAGCCAUCGAAAUUCUGGACAACAUUUCCCAGCCAGUGGUAGUUGUGGCUAUUGUUGGAUUGUACCGUACAGGGAAGUCCUACCUGAUGAACCGUCUGGCAGGACAGAAUCACGGCUUCCCUCUGGGCUCCACUGUGCAGUCAGAAACCAAGGGCAUCUGGAUGUGGUGUGUGCCACACCCCACAAAGCCAAAGCACACCCUGGUUCUCCUGGACACUGAGGGCCUGGGUGACGUGGAAAAGGGAGACCCUAAGAAUGACUCAUGGAUUUUUGCCCUGGCUGUGCUUCUGAGCAGCACCUUUGUCUACAACAGCAUGGGCACCAUCAACCAACAGGCCAUGGAGCAGCUGCAUUAUGUCACAGAACUCACUGAGCUGAUCAGGGCAAAGUCUUUUCCAAAUCCUGAUGGAAUAUAUAAUUCCACAGAGUUUGUGAGUUUCUUCCCAGACUUCAUCUGGGCUGUUCGGGAUUUCAUGCUGGAGCUGCAGAUCGAUGGAGAGAGCGUCACGGAGGACGAGUACCUGGAGAAUGCACUGAAGCUGAUCCCAGGUGACAGUCCCAGAAUCCAAGCAUCCAAUCUGUCCAGGGAGUGCAUCAGACAUUUCUUUCCUAAACGAAAGUGUUUUGUGUUUGACCAACCAACGCAUAACAAAGCACUGUUACGCAAGCUUGAUACUAUCUCAGAAGACCAGCUGGAUCCUAUGUUCCAGGAACAAACACGGGCUUUUGUUUCUUACAUCUUCACUGCUGCAAAGGUCAAGACGCUUAAAGAGGGAAUUAAGGUCACUGGGAAUCGACUGGGGACUCUGGUCUCGACCUACGUGGAUGCCAUCAGCAGUGGAGCUGUGCCCUGUGUGGACAAUGCAGUGACAACUCUGGCCCAGCGUGAGAACUCAGCAGCUGUGCAGAAGGCAGCUGAGCACUACAGUGAGCAGAUGGGCCAGCGACUGAGGCUCCCCACAGACACGCUCCAGGAGCUACUGGGUGUGCACACAGCCUGUGAGAAGGAAGCCAUUGCUGUCUUCAUGGAGCACUCCUUCAAGGACGAAAACCAGCAAUUCCAGAAGAAGCUGCUGGAAUUAAUAGAUGAGAAGAAAAGGAUGUUCAUGUUAAAAAAUGAAAAAACAUCAGAUCAAUACUGCCAGGAAGCACUCAAUCGACUUACAAAGGCUUUUAUGGAAAAUAUUUCACCAUUUUCUGUUCCUGGAGGACACAGGCUCUACAUGGAAAUGAGGGGGAAGAUUGAGCAUGACUAUUGGCAGGUGCCCCGAAAAGGGGUGAAGGCAAGUGAAGUCUUCCAGAGCUUUCUGCAGUCACAAGCCAUCAUUGAGCGUUCCAUCCUGCAGGCAGAUACAGCCCUCACUGCUGGGGAGAAGGCCAUUGCAGAGGAGCGGGCCCAGAAGGAGGCAGCUGAGAAGGAACAGGAGUUGCUAAAACAGAAGCAGGAGGAGCUUCAGCAAGAGAUAGAGGCUCAAGAAAGAAGUCAUGAGGAGAACAUUGAGCAACUGAAAAUGAAGCUGAUGCAGGAGCGUGAACAGCUCAUCAAGGAACAUAAAAUAAUGCUGGAGACGGAGUUGCAGCAUCAAAAGGCUUUGCUUGAAGGAGGAUUUAGGAAGAAAUCAAAGGAAAUGAAAGGAGAUAUACAGCGACUGAAAUCUACUAUCAAUGACAUGGAAGAAAACAGUGGUACCUUUGUAGGUCAUAUUCUAAAUGAAUUUGCUACAGGGAUUGCUGCCCCUUUUUUACUGCCUGUGAUGGCUAUAAAAAAAUUAGUUCAGUAUUUAAAUAGGAUUCACUCUUAUUUUGAUGAAUAUCCUGAAAUAGGAGAAGCUUUCCGAAGGAAUCUAAGGAGUGGGAUUCGAACCCACGCCUCCAAGGGAGACUGCGAGCUGAAUGUCACUUCUGGAAUUUUAGAGAAGCUUUCUUCCUCUUUCUUAAUUCCUCAUAAGAUGUCAAGAAUGAAUUGUGUGGAAGAAGGAUCUUGA